AUGUUCGAUAACGUGUUACCCGAGGGUGUCGAGCGCAAGAAGAAGAGUGCAUCAGCUAGAAGGCGAGCGCGAAAAGCCCGGAAAGUUGCCCAAGCAGGUUCGGGUGAGCCGCAACUGAAAGCCGAGACCAUGCACAAGACUCCUGAGCAGGCGGAGGCGGUGCGAGAGAAGAAGAUCAAGAAAGAAGAAGCUCGAGUGAAGCGCCAGCAGAAGGCGCAAGUAGCGCGCGCUGAGAAGAUGAGAAAGAAGGAGGAAGCGAAAGUGAAGCGAGAACAAGAGGCGCAAGCAGCGCACGCUGAGAAGAUGAAGACGCUGACCGCUAGGGGUGCGUUUCUCGUUCACUCGUAUGACGACCUCCGUCCAUACAAUGGAUAUCCUCACAUCUACGGUGAACGUAUGUUCCAGAAGCCUGUGAACAAGCCUCAAACUGUUGGCUUCCUCGACAUACCUCUCGAGAUCCGUCUGAUGAUCUACGGGCAUGCCCUUGAAUUCGACGAGCUGAUCGAGCUGUGGCCAGAGACCGGAAACAUGGAUACCGAGUAUUACCGAAGAGUACGCAACGGGUCUAGACUUCGAAAAAUGUUCGGCAGACGCGGCGCACGCAACCUCGGCUUGCUACGUACAUGCAAGCAAGUAUGCGCUGAAGCCACCGAGGUCUUCUACGGCAACAAUGAGUUCCGCUUUUCGGGUCUCAACGGCCACAUGGUAGCGUAUGCGUUCGCGACGAAGAUUGGGUCGAGGAAUCUGGGAUUCAUGAAAUCCAUGACCAUGGCUAUCCCUUGCCGCUCGGGAGACCGCGGUUGCAUGGCCUCACACUGGAACCCACACACCUGGCUUCGCACACACGAGGUAUACGACCUCAUGCCUUUCCCAUAUCCGUGGACCAAAGGGAAACUCCGUAAGCGCUUCCCGCGACUAGACUUCGAAGACUCGUGGCGUAGUCUGGCUUGGAUGCUGGCGGGCGCUUACAGACUCAACAAGAUCACAUUCGUCCUGCCCCAUUAUAUCCGGUUCCGCCUCGAGGCGCGGGGUCUGCAGCGCCAUAUGAGGUGUUGCGACCGACAACUUGUCAGUGCAGUGGACGAUAUCGUAGCGGCAAAGCCAUUUCUCCAGGUUGCAAUCGUACGCAUGUUCAAGGAUCCGAAUGAGGACGCCUCCUGUGACAGCAGUCAGCGCUUCCUCAUCAGAGAACUGAAGUCGAUUGUUUUCUGCAACGUUCAUCUGGCUAGAUUCUGCAAGAACCGGAAUUGGGAACUUGACCCCCAGCCAUACGUUGAUAGGGAUGGCGAGUUUGUCGAGGACCAGGCGUUGGAUGCGAGCGAGAAUCCAAUGGACAUGCUUCCCGAUAUCGAGCGUUUGUUCGUGAGGGCGGCAGCUGAGUAG